AUGGCUUCGCUACAGACAUCACGCAUACUGCAACCCCUUCUCGCUCCGCCAACUAGAUGCUCAGUGCUCGUAUGUCUGGCACCGGCUGCUCAAUGCGCCGCCCGCAGUCCACCCAAGGCACACUUUUCGACUUCACCAGCCCGAUGCAAGAGGGACAACAACAGGAACCGUGGACUCUCUGUCGUGAGAAGUACUGGGUUGCGCCCAAGACAGACGCUCUCCGUCAAGGAAAAGGACUUUGCCAACCAGCGGCUACCAAAACCAGUCAAGAUUGAAGACAAGUUGACGGGCACGCCAGAGCAUGGACUAUGGGACUUUUUCAAGGACAAGCGCCUGCUUCAAACGCCAUUCGAAGAACAACGUCACGGACGGGCGUGGACAGUGGGCGAGCUGCGCAGCCGGGACUGGGACUCAUUACACCAGCUCUGGUGGGUAUGCGUCAAGGAGAGGAAUCGUCUGGCCACGGAAAAGUUGGAGCGUGCGCGGUUACAGGCAGGAUACGGCGACUACGAGAACAAGCAGCGGGAUACGGUCGUUCAAGAGACAAUGAAGGCCAUCCUGGACACUCUGGCCGAGAGGCACCAAGCAUAUACGGAUGCGUUGGAGCUGGCGAAGCGCGACCCUUCUAUCAAUCUAAGGAAACGAAAUGGCCCGCAGUACAUACAGCCUGCGCCCUAUGAUCUAUUCGAAGCAGAUGACAGCAAGUCUGAGGCUCCGUCUGAGCCGACUGCUGAGACUGGGAAACCCACGACUACAUGA